AUGGACGAAAACUCCUACUUCUACGAGUCCUGGACAAAGAGUCAGCCAUGCGUGGAACUCUCGUCCUACGUCAGACCCGAUGACGCAGGAUCGAUCCUCCCUUGGCCAUAUACCCUUGCCUGGUUUCUUGUCCACUUCCUCAUCACACUCAUAAGAGUCCAUCGAUGGGAGAGAGUGCAGGCCUUAUCAAUUAUCCUAGCCAUUAUCACAGUAUGGUUCCAACUACAGGCAUACACCAACAGCGUUCAUCCAGAGUCAGUCCUCAUGUGGAUGCCAAUAUUCGUCGUGCUUGAUAUUGGGGCCAUGAUGCAGCUAGCGUUUUUGAUUAUCGAGAAUAGUGGUUUUCGACCGCUGGUGCAGGCCUUGCCUAUGACUUUCAACGGAAAGAAUCACCGAGAAAUCAGAUCUGCAGCGGAUGAUCAGCAAGUAGAUGAAAGCCUGGACCUUGUAGGUCGGGCUUGGAUCACUUCCAUCGCUGCGCUACUUGGGAUCCUUCUGCUCGUUAUACAGGUAUUCGGCCUUGCAAUGGCUGCCAUCGGGUCUCAGAACAAGAACGUUACGGCAGACUGGUGCAGUACUCAAUUCACUAGGGCCCUUGCUGUAGAGUCUGGUUGUGAGCUCUACAACGUCACGGCCUCUUCAAGCCAAGGCAUAGGCUGCAUCACGCUCAAAGGCUACGAGCAGUACACAUGGCUCACGACGUCCAUCAUUAUCAUUUCUCUGUCACUUAUCUUCGAAGUCUUUGACCUGGUGAUCCUGUCGCUUGUCCGGGGUACAACGCGAUGGAGAGGCGUCAAGAUGAAGAGACCCUGGUUCACGAUGUUCUCUGGCAAUAUUGUUCUCCUUGUUCUGAUCAUAGUCGGAGUCUUUCAGUGCCAGCACUUACCGAAGAAGAUUGAUCAGAGCGUAACAGUGUUUGAGUACCAGAAGGAAUUGGGACAGAGUGUUACGUCUAUUGCUCGCCUUACGCCGUAUGGGGUACGAGGGGCUGUAAUUGGAUGGACUGACGGGUUUCUGCAAAGCUGGGGAGAAACCUACACCCCAAAGUCAUAUUAA